UGAAUAUCCCUAAUUGACUUCUCCUUCCUCCAAUCUUCAAAUUUAUCGGCGGAGUGCAGCCUGAGCUCAAGCUAUCUGGGCAGGGGCGGAGACCGAGCGGAGGAUGGCCGUGAGCGGGAAUAUUCCGGGUCCACCGCCGGCCAAGCCCCCGCCCUAUGUAGUUCUGCCGCUGCUUCAUAGGGUUAUACAAAAUGACAUAAAGAAUUGUUACAUAUCUCAUGUAAGCAUCAUACAUACUCAUAUAAGAGAGCACUGUAGCAGGCUUGAAAUGGCGGCUGCAGUGGCACGAGACGAGUUGACACGGUCCAUGAGCCGUAAGGCGAGUUUUGCAUCGUCCAGUACUAAAGGCUGGGCUUCUGCAAGCUUCCGAGAGGCGUUUGGAGCUCAGGGAGGCGACGUGUUCCAGAAAAGUGGGAGACAAGACGAUGAGGAACAGCUCAAGUGGGCUGCCAUUGAGAGGCUCCCUACUUACGAUCGGAUGAGGAAAGGCAUCUUGAAGCAAGUGUUGGACAAUGGCAACGUGAUUCAUGAAGAAAUUGAUUUUGGUAACCUUGGAGUCCACAACAAGAAGCAUAUCAUGGACACCAUGUUGAAAGCUCUUGAAGAUGAUAAUGAGAGGUUUCUUUUGAGGCUUAGAGACAGAAUAAAUAGGGUUGGAAUUAAUGUGCCAAAAUGUGAAGUUAGAUUUGAGCAUCUAUCUGUUGAAGGAGAUGCAUUUGCUGGAAGCCGAGCUCUUCCUACUCUUUACAAUUCAACUAUAAACGCCGUUGAGGGAAUUCUUGAUUUCUUGAGGCUUUUCCCAUCCAAAAAGAAGACUGUUAGGAUACUAACCGAUGUUUCUGGAAUAGUGAGGCCAUCAAGAUUGACCCUUCUAUUAGGCCCUCCGAGCUCUGGUAAGACGACGUUGCUGAAGGCGCUUGCUGGGAAGCUAGAACAAGAUCUAAGGGAGAGUGGGAAGGUCACCUAUUGUGGCCAUGAGCUGAGGGAGUUCAUUCCUCAGAGAACUUGUGCCUACAUAAGCCAGCAUGAUCUUCACCAUGGGGAGAUGACAGUGAGGGAGACCUUGGAUUUCUCGAGCCGUUGCUUUGGUGUUGGAGCUAGGUAUGAACUGCUAGCAGAGCUUUCUAGAAGGGAGAAAGAUGCAGGCAUUAAGCCAGAUCCUGAAAUAGAUGCCUUCAUGAAAGCCAUUGCUGUUUCUGGGCAGAGGACUAGUUUGGUGACAGAUUCUGUGCUCAAGGUUCUUGGAAUUGAUAUUUGUGCUGAUACAAUGGUUGGUGAUGAGAUGAGGAGGGGAAUUUCUGGAGGGCAGAAGAAGCGUGUGACGACUGGAGAGAUGUUGGUUGGCCCUGCAAAAGUUUUCUUGAUGGAUGAAAUAUCGACUGGUCUAGACAGCUCCACGACAUAUCAAAUCAUCAAAUACAUGAAGCAAAUGGUCCACAUUAUGGACAUAACCAUGAUCAUCUCCCUCCUCCAACCUGCCCCUGAAACUUUCGAACUUUUUGAUGACAUAAUCUUGCUUUCAGAAGGGCAGAUUGUCUACCAAGGCCCCCGUGAGCACGUUCUUGGUUUCUUUGAGAAUGUGGGAUUCAAAUGCCCAGAGAGGAAAGGAGUAGCCGAUUUCCUACAAGAAGUCACCUCCAAGAAGGAUCAAGAACAGUACUGGUCAAGGAAAAAUGUGCCUUAUGAAUAUGUAUCAGAUUCUGAUUUUGCCUUUCGCUUUCAAUCCUUCCACGUCGGGCAGAAGAUCUUUGGUGAGUUGGGAGUGCCAUACGACAAGAGUAGAGUUCAUCCAGCUGCAUUGGUGAAGGAAAAGUACGGUAUCUCCAACAAAGACCUGUUGAAGGCAUGUCUGUCUAGGGAGUGGCUGCUAAUGCAGCGCAAUUCCUUUGUUUAUAUUUUCAAGACAACGCAGAUCACCAUCAUGGCUCUCUUCACCUUCACGGUGUUCUUCAGAACACAGAUGAAGCAUGGACACAUUGAUAACGGAGGAAAAUUUUACGGUGCCUUGUUUUUCAGCCUCAUCAAUGUCAUGUUCAAUGGGAUGGCUGAGCUUGCAAUGACCAUUUUUAGGCUUCCUGUGUUUUUCAAACAACGGGACGCCUUGUUCUACCCGGCUUGGGCUUUUGCCCUCCCAAUUUGGCUCCUGAGGCUUCCAAUCUCGGUCAUGGAGUCAGGGAUUUGGAUCAUUCUCACAUAUUACACUGUGGGAUAUGCACCUUCUGCUAGUAGGUUCUUUAUGCAGUUCCUGGCGUUUGUGGGCAUCCAUCAGAUGGCAUUAGGCCUCUUUCGUUUCAUAGCAGCGCUUGGAAGAACGCAGGUAGUUGCAAACACUCUAGGAACCUUCACAUUGUUGUUGGUGUUCGUACUUGGUGGAUUCAUCAUUGCCAAAGAUGAUCUUCAACCAUGGAUGAGAUGGGCUUACUAUCUUUCUCCUAUGUCGUAUGGCCAAAACGCGAUUGUCAUAGUAGAAUUUCUCGAUCCUAGAUGGUCUGGGAAAAAUGACGAUGGCAGAUUUGCUGGAAGAACUGUGGGAGAAGAGCUAUUGGCUGGAAGGGGAAUGUUUACCGAACAACACUGGUAUUGGAUUUGUGUUAUUGCACUCUUCGGAUUUUCUCUCUUCUUCAACUUGUGCUUUGUUGCUGCGCUAACAUACUUGAAACCAUUGGGAGAUUCAAAAUCUGGUGGUUCAAUCUUGGAGGAUGAAACUACGAAAAACAGAAUUAGUGCUAAUGGCCAAACAAAUGAAGUGAGAAAUGCUCAAGAACAAGAUACCAAACGCGGGAUGGUGCUUCCUUUCAAACCCUUGUCGCUUUCCUUUGAUAACGUGAACUACUACGUUGAUAUGCCUGCAGAAAUGAAAGGCGAAGGGGUUGAGGAGACACGUCUGCAGCUACUGAGGGGCGUCAGUGGUGCAUUUAGACCAGGAGUUUUGACAGCAUUGAUGGGAGUAAGUGGUGCCGGGAAAACCACAUUGAUGGAUGUUCUAGCCGGAAGGAAAACAGGUGGAUACAUUGAAGGAGACAUCAGAGUUUCAGGUUUCCCAAAGAAUCAAGAAACGUUUGCUCGUGUGAGUGGCUACUGUGAGCAGAAUGACAUCCAUUCCCCACAUGUCACUGUCUAUGAAUCUCUCCUAUAUUCAGCCUGGCUCCGUCUUCCAGCAGAUGUAAACAAGGCAACACGGCAGAUGUUUGUGGAGGAAGUGAUGGACUUAGUUGAGCUGAACUCGUUGAGAAACUCCCUAGUCGGGCUUCCUGGAGUCGAUGGUUUAUCAACAGAACAGAGGAAAAGGCUCACCAUUGCGGUUGAGCUAGUUGCAAAUCCAUCAAUCAUCUUCAUGGAUGAGCCAACGUCGGGCUUGGAUGCUCGAGCUGCAGCCAUUGUCAUGCGUGCUGUGAGGAACACGGUCGAUACAGGGAGAACCGUCGUUUGCACAAUCCAUCAACCAAGCAUAGACAUCUUUGAAUCAUUUGAUGAGCUAUUUUUAAUGAAGAGAGGUGGGCAAGUCAUAUAUGCAGGACCUUUGGGCAGCAACUCUCAACUUCUAGUAGACUACUUUGAGUCUAUUUCCGGAGUUCCUAAAAUCAGACAAGACUACAAUCCAGCUACAUGGAUGCUAGAAGUUAGCUCUGCAGCAGUUGAAUCUCAACUAGACAUGGACUUUGCAGAAAUCUACUCUAACUCUGAUCUCAACAGGAAGAAUCUGGAACUUAUCCAGAAGCUGAGCAAUCCAGAAGCAGGAUCACAUGACCUCUUCUUCCCCACCAAAUACUCACAACCUCUUUUGGUCCAAUUCGUGGCGUGUUUUUGGAAACAAUAUUGGUCUUACUGGAGGAAUCCUCAGUAUAAUGUGAUCAGAUUCUUCAUGACAACAGUGAUUGGCCUUAUAUUCGGCGUCAUCUUCUGGAACAAAGGAACAACAAUGUAUAAAGAACAGGACCUGACGAAUCUUCUAGGAGCAAUGUAUGCAGCAGUGCUAUUCCUAGGUGGAACAAACACAUCUGCAGUUCAAUCGGUUGUGGCCAUAGAGAGAACAGUGUUCUAUCGCGAGAGAGCUGCAGGGAUGUUCUCAGCAUUGCCUUAUGCAUUCGCACAGGUGUCUGUUGAGACAAGCUACAUCGCGGUGCAGACAUUCUUGUACAGCCUUCUCCUGUACUCAAUGAUUGGAUUUGAGUGGGGAGCAACCAAGUUCAUAUGGUUCUACUACUAUGUGUUCAUGUGCUUCGUCUACUUCACCUUCUACGGCAUGAUGCUUGUGGCUCUCACACCUAGCUACCAGAUUGCUGCAAUUCUCAUGUCAUUUUUUCUCAGCUUCUGGAAUCUCUUCUCUGGUUUUCUCAUUCCCAGGAUGUUGAUCCCGGUGUGGUGGAGGUGGUACUACUGGGGCUCUCCGGUGGCAUGGACGAUAUACGGGCUGGUGACGUCACAACUGGGAGACAAGACGGAGCAUGUUCUUGUUCCGGACCAUGGUGAUAUGCCUAUUAAGGACUAUCUUAAAGUUGUCUUAGGUUAUGACUCUGAUUUCCUUGGAUAUGUUGCCUUGGCUCAUGUUGGAUGGGCUUUGCUCUUCUUUGUUGUCUUUGUCUAUGGCAUCAAGGUCUUGAAUUUCCAAAGGAGAUAGCUAUCCAAAGGAUUUAGUGCUUCUAUUGUUUGUAAGAUCCAUCAAAUGUUUUUUUCAUUUCCUUAAUAAAUAACAAGAAUAUUCAGUUAA